ACCUUUCGCCGCGCCCGCACAGAGCCGCCCCAAGGCCCUUCCUACCGCCUCACACAGUACCCAGAGUACUCCCUUCGCUCCCUCCACGAGUACAAGUCCCCAGCAGGUGUCGUCAUCGCCACCUACAGCAUCUACACCUUCGACGAACAACACUCGUGGCGCACCGCUAGCCCACCCUUCGUCAACAGUACCAGGGACUACAUCGAGUUCAUCUGUCGUGAAAUCAUCGGCGCAUACCGUACCCCGCCCACCAACCGCGAAGCAGAAGAGCUCAAGGCCUUCCUCAACAACCAGCUCCUCUGCUACGCCGCGCACGUCGACGUCUUCACGAAGAAGUACUCGGGCUACUGGGCAAAGAUCACCGGGUUCCGCGCAGAAGGACCUAUCGACAACCGCAUCCCACACUUCGACUUCCUCUCCGCGUACUUCACCAAGGAGUACAAGCACGAUUACGACAUCCCCAUCGGCAAACUCUGCGUCUCACCCUUCCACUUCGCGUCCACUCCGCUCUACCUCGAGCACUUCCACAUCCCGCGCCUCGCAGCUCGCACCAGGAAGCUCUACAAGAAGCUUGAGCCCGCGCCUGACUGGAACAAGGUCGACAUCAUCGAGAUCGACGCACCAGGCGAAGAAGGUCAAGACAACACCGCUCCCUCGCCAGACCCGCUCCCCUUCCCCGCUCCUACCGCAGAGGACGGAUACCCCGAGGGUUCCGACGCUUGA